AUGGCACACAAUACACCGCUGCUCACAAAGGAAAAAGGUGAUAAACAUCCCGGCUGUUGAUAUAAGAGUUAAUAAGAUGUUUAUCACUCUCGCGCCUAACGGAAAAUAAACAAUAAUCAGCAAAUGUGUGUUUGCCAGCGCUUUUGUUAUAUGCCUAACGUUUAACAGGGUCACGAGCCCGUAAAAAGGGCCGCGCGCAGAACUUUGUUAGUCACAUUGCUAACGGAUAUUUAGCAGUGAACUUUGGUUGGGAAAUGAAAUCUCUACUCGUUCUCCUGUUUCUCGCACCGGCAGUCGCCACCCUGGCUGAGGAGCCUUUUGAGGAUGAGGCAGUCGCGGAGUUGUUAGAUGAAGAGGAUGAUGAAACCAUUGCCGAGCUUGCUGAUGAGAAGAAUGACCCCCAUCGUCGUCCCCGUCCAAGUGGCCCUCCGAGGGCGGUAAGAUCUUCAACCUUGUCACCAAUCCUAAACAGACUACUGGGAUUUGAACAAUCAGCUUAAAGUAGCAAACUUAAUUUGUUUAAGACUCCCUUUCACGUCCUUAUAAAAUAGGUGCUGAGGGGAACUUUGGAAGAAUCGCGCUCCCUCAACCCGGAAAUUGCGUAUUUUAUUUGGUUAACAUGUUAGAUCGAUAACUCUGUCAAAAAAAUAGCCAUAGCCUUUUUUCUGGUGAUUGGCAUCACGGUGAUAAAGAAUGGUAUCAUUAAUAAAAUCCUAGCAAAAGGUGUUUUAAUAUAAACGGUAACGUAUCAUUGAGCCAUUAUUAUAAAACGCACAUAGUUUAAUUCUUUUCUCUUAAAAAGUGCAAACUGUACUUUAAGAAAUGCUUAAAGAAGCCAUCUGGUCCUCGUCCCACACGUCCCAUCAAGGUAAGAUCUUCUUUGUCUCUAUUUUGAACCCUUAUACUUUGAUGUCGAGACGUAGUUUUACAGCAAAAGUGUGUAGUCAACUUAUAUUGUUUUUAUACAACUUGAUGAAAUACAUGCAGCAGGUGAGCUCCUUAGUUAUUUUUUUCAGCCGGGGUAGGUUGUUAUAUGUUAGAAAGAGUGAUUACCCUUUUGUCAAGAAAGUAAUCAUAGCUUAGAUUUUUCAUAUUCACUGAUAAUUUAGCGUCAAAUGAUAAAGACGGCCAGCAUCAAUCAAAGAAAAUCCUGACAUGUGAUUUAAAAAAAUCAACAAAGUUUUAGAAGUAUCCUAGCACAGAGGUAUUAAAAAAUUAACACAAUUCAUCUUCUCUCCCACUUAGAAAAACAUUUGCAAAAAUCUGCGGAAAAUAUGCAAGAAGCUCCGGCCCAGCAAACGUCCUAAGCCUUAACUGAUUGACACUUAAGUUAUUGACAGCCUAACGGUACUGCAAAGAUGACGUGUCCCAUUAACAGAAAACUUGAUGUAACGAAAUUAAAUGUAGUUGUGAAAUUAGGGUGGUACUGUUGAUUUAAAUAAGGCAUUGAAAAGGUGUCUUGUGGUUUUACUCAUGUGCGUACAGUAGUUGAGGAUUUAUCUAAUAAAUGAUAAUUAUAAAAGUAAAUUAUAAUUAUCAUAAAAAAAUUAUCCCAGAAUCCUUUAAAAGCUUUACAACUUUGACAAUUCUAUACGUAGAAGAAUGUCAGUCCACAAGAAGAAAACAUUUGCCAUGAAAUAUCUUCCCACAUCACAUCUAAGGUAAUAACGUCCUCAGUCACGUGACUAUUCGGAAUUAGGUUUGUUUGCUGCUGUGACAAGAUUUUGUUAACGAGUUAAAAACAAAUAGCAGAAUUGAGGUUUUAGUUAAGGGGUGGGGGGGGGGGGGUUUAAAAAUAACCAGUUGACGUCCGGCAUUUAAAAUAUAAGGGGGUAAUAAACAUGAGCGAAAAAGUCGGGAGACUAGGCCGAGGGAUGUAGAGAGUCAACCUUUAAUCACACGACAGAGAAAAUUUGCGGGAAGGUAAUGUUCUAACUGAUAAUUUUUUCUUGCCCAAAAUAGGGACAUGAAGUUAUCAGUCACGUGAUCAAAGCGUUUUGAAUGUUUUAGUUCGUUUUUAAAGUGCCUUUUUGUCAUAAAUUGGCAAGUUAUUUUUUCCUCAACAAUUCUUUACACUGUAUUAUCUCUGAGUAAUUAUUAUUCAAAUUCAAAGCAGAACCAAACGAAAACUGAGCCAGAAGCUUAAAAGUUGCGUAAAUUGACCGAUAUUGCAAGUUUAAAUCGAAAAGGAGACCUACUCUUGAGACUUUUGUAAAAUCCUUUUUCAACGUAACUGUUUGUUUGCCGAAAUAAAUGUUAAACGUUUGUUAUUAACGGGAGAACUUUAAAAACUAAAAGUAUGUAUUGGGCGGCCAUAUUGUUUUUCUUCAUUCCCAGGGAGAGAAGUCUCGUAACAGUAUUAAUGGGUUUAUUGUGAGCUUUACGUCUAGCUUCGAUCAGUGGGCCUUCUGUGUUAAAGUUGUCAAACUAUGUUAUGAUUGAAACAAAUCCACGUUUCCUUCAAAAGUAGACAAAAAAAUUGCUUCGGCGGUUCUUUGUCAACAACAAAAUGUUACCCCGUGUAAAGCUUGGCCCAGCUCGGUUAAUUUCUCCAACCAGGAAUGUAGCGUGCGUGUACGCACAUACGCCUAUGCAAUCAGCUAGCAAAAUCUGGAAAAAAUAUAUACAUUUUUUUUUUAUCUCCUGAAAGCAUUUUUAUCAUUAAAUUUGGAUAAAUAUUUCGCAUUAUAUUGGUGUUUUUGUGUUAGUACUGAGAAAGAGUUUAGAACGCCGUUUCAGCUGACGUAAACGGUUUUUUACAAUCAACAUAACAUAAGAGUAAGAGAGAUUCGUCGUCGUAUGUUCACGUUGUCGAUAAAACGUGAAAUUAGGCAAUUCACGUCGUAGUCGUGCAGUGACGGCAAAGAAAUGUACAAAAUAGCGUGUUGUUGUUUUGCUAAUCUUAACCAAUUGCUUUUUGACGUUCUCGUUGCCGUCGCCGUAGGGGCAUCUUAAACUCCCUAAUUUGUACAGCGCUGCACCGGUACUGCAGAGGUCAAGGGUUCGAAUCCCGUACAAGCCUGAGUUUAUUUCAGGCUUUCUUUUUGCAACUGCAAACGUUACUUAUAGAAAGCAAAAAAAACAAAGUUAGAUGUUAAGAUUUGCACUAAUAAUGAGGGACCGGCAAACUCUAUGUCUACCUCAAGUAAUUAAGUGCUAAAAUAGAAAAAAGGGUAGAGAUAAAUUUAUAAGUAAAUGAAAUGAAAUGGCAGUAUAAAAGACAGACUUACAAAUAUAAGAAGGUGAAAUAAAAUUAAAUUAAAAGAAGGAUGAUCAUCGCAGUUAUCACUUUUUGCUUUGUAAAAAAAACCAACAACAACAACAACAGUAUAUUCAUCUAACAACCUUUGUGGCAUUACGGGUGUUCAAAGUAUGGGAUCCCUAACGAAAGAUAGAAGUUAGGGAGAAUGUGUGCGUUUGGGAGUGUUGUGGGUGCGAAGAUGCACCUGUAGUAAAUAUUUUAGUAACUUCCAAACGCAAAGUAAAAUAUUUAUCUUCAAGCUUGGCGCAAAAUAAAUACCAGGUUGAACAAAAGGGGUAAAACCGAAAAAGAUAAAACAUGACACACAAUACACCGCUGCUCACAAAGGAAAAAGGUGAUAAACAUCCCGGCUGUUGAUAUAAGAGUCAAUAAGAUUUAUAACAUAACAAAACUAAAUCGCGCGCUCUGAUUUGUCAGUCAGCCACUACCAUUUUCCCGUGGGUGCACGCUAAGAAACUGAGCUAGCGCGGUAAAAUUUAGGCAAAUUCAACAAAUCUCCUCUCCUGACGGUAAAAUACACAGAUGAAAAGCACAGAUGAAAAGUGGAAGUUGAAGAAAAUACUAAGCUGUCGUUUUGAAGAAAAAAGACAAAAGAUCAAGCGACAAAUUUGCCCUGGAUGAAUGAAUCACUGUUUUCCUCGCGGCUAGAAUCUGCUGAAGGAAAAUCGAGCGAGCGAAGAUUUAAGGUACAUUUUGUGUGUUUUUUAUAGAAGAGAAAGUCUGUUUGGAAAGGAAAAUUAUCAAUUAGCAUUGUGUUAUUGACUUUUUGGUCAAGCUGAUGCUAAAUUCAAGCAAAUAUUUUAGGAAACACGCUCAAAUUCGAGACAGCUUUGUUGUGAAGUUUUCAUCGCAUCGAUUAAAAAUUUUAGUUGAGUUUAAAAGGGCACAUAACGCUGGAAUAAGCGAAUUUCAUUUGAGUACAGAAACAUUUGGGUUUUCAAAUAAAUUUUUCAAAAAAUAACUUCUGUGUGUAUUAUUUUGUUCCUCAGUGUUCAUUCAUAACAGUCGUUUGGAGAACGGUCGAAAAACAACAGCUUCAGCGCCGGCUGUGUGUCGGCGAAUUUCAGUUUCAACUUUCACUUUCAUAGCUGGAUUUCCCCAGACAGAUUUCGAUACAAAGCUAGUUAAUUUCUUUUUAAAAUUAGUGUUACCUGUUAUUCUAAAGGAAUUACAGUCAAAUUUUCUCAUUUCUACUUUGCGUUUAUUUCAAAAAUUGUCACAUAAAUAACCUUGAUAAUUAUUUCAUUUAAUUAGUUUUAGCUUAUUUUUUAGAGUCUUUUUAGUUGGUGUUUAUAGUUGCAGCUAUAGUUUUCCCUCAAAUUUUUUACCCUCAUAUUAAGAGCAAGUAGACAGAUGCCAUUCAGAAUAACAACGAAAAACGUUUUGCAAUUUACCUGAGGACGGAGAAAGGUUGAUUCAGCGAAAGAAAAACUCAAAGGCAAGUUUUUGAAAAACAUAGAACAUGAUUUGUUUACGCGCGGGCAGAUGUCACCAUACAGGAACUCGGACCGAUGACUCAACCGAAAGGCAAAUGGAAAAUAAUGUUUUUCUCUUUUGAUUAUGUUAUAAAAGAAAUGGUAAACGUUGCAGCUGUGCAACCAUGGAGUUAUGGAUGCACUUGGGAGGUUUGCUAAGCACUCAAGAAGCUAGAGUCGCACUCGGCUAUCGCCUCGUGCGACUCUUACGCUUCUUUCGUGCUUAGCAACCUCCCGCAUGCAUCCAUAACUCCAUGGUUGCACGCUGCACGUUUACCAUUUCUUAAGUUUAUUACUCUCGCGCCUAACGGAAAAUAAACACUAAUCAGCACAUGUGUGUUUGCCAGCGCUUUUGUUAUAUGCCUAACGUUUAACAGGGUCACGUGCCAGUAAAAAGGGCCGCGCGAAGAACUAUGUUAGUCACAUUGCUAACGGAUAUGUAGCAGUGAACUUUGGUUGGGAAAUGAAAUCUCUACUUGUUCUCCUGUUUCUCGGAGCGGCAGUCGCCACCCUGGCUGAGGAGCCUUUUGAGGAUGAGGCAGUCGCGGAGUUGUUAGAUGAAGAGGAUAAUGAAACCAUUGCCGAGCUUGCUGAUGAGAAGAAUGACCCCCGUCGUCGUCCCCGUCCAAGUGGCCCUCCGAGGGCAGUAAGAUCUUCAACCUUGUCACCAAUCCUAAACAAACUACUGGGAUUUGCACAAUCAGCUUAAAGUAGCAAACUUAAUUUGUUUAAGACUUCCUUUCACGUCCUUAUAAAAUAGGUGCUGAGGGGAACUUCGGAAGAAUCGCGCUCCCUCAACCCGGAAACUGCGUAUUUUAUCUGGUUAACAUGUUAGAUCGAUAACUCUGUCAAAAAAAUAGCCAUACCCUUUUUUCUGGUGAUUGGCAUCACGGUGAUAAAGAAUGGUAUCAUUAAUAAAAUCUUAGCAAACGGUGUUUUAAUAUAAACGGUAACGUAUCAUUGAGCCAUUAUUAUAAAACUCACAUAGUUUAAUUCUUUUCUCUUAAAAAGUGCAAACUGUAUUUUAAGAAAUGCUUAAAGAAGCCAACUGGUCCUCGUCCCACACGUCCCAUCAAGGUAAGAUCUUCCUUGUCGUUAUUUUGAACCCUCAGACUUUGAUGUCGAGACGUAGUUUUACAGCAAAAGUGUGUAGUCAACUUACAUUGUUUUUAUACGACUUGAUGCAAUACAUGCACCAGCUGAGCUAGCUCUUUAGUUAUUUUUUUCAGCCGGGGUAGGUUGUUAUACGUUUGAAAGAGUGACUACCCUUUUGUCAAUAAAGUAAUCAUAGCUCAGUUUUUUCAUAUUCACUGAUCAAUUAGCGUCAAAUGAUAAAGACGGCCAGCAUCAAUCAAUGAAAAUCCUGACAUGUGAUUAAAAAAAAUCAACAAAGUUUUAGAAGUAUCCUACCACAGAGGUAUUAAAAAAUUCACCCAAUUCAUCUUCUCUCCUACUUAGAAAAAGAUUUGCAAAAAACUGCGGAAAAUAUGCAAGAAGCUCCGGCCCAGUGGACGUCCUAAGCCUUAACUGAUUGAAAGUCAAGUUAUUGACAGCCUAACGGUACUGCAAAGAUGACGUGUCCCAUGAACAGAAAACUUUGAUGUAACGAAAGUAAAUGUAGUUGUGAAAUUAGGGUGGUACUGUUGAUUUAAAUAAAGCAUUGAAAAGGUG